AUGGCCGUCUCGAACAAACUCUACCACGAAACCGAGGACCUUGUCCUAACAAACCCUCGACGACGCUUCCGGACCAGCAUCCGCUGGCAACAUUGGCAGUUGCGUUCGCUUAUCGGAGUCGAUGGGCAGAAUGCCGUCUACUUUCCGGUCCAAGGACCCGACAGUCGAAGCUCCUAUGUCCAGCGGUUGAACACCAAGACUCGCGAGACCGAGAUUAUCAAGCGGCUAUCAUUCAACCCCAGGUGUCUGGUCGCGCGCAACGGCUGGGUGUGCUGUGGAGGCGAGCUGGGCAUCUUCAGCGCCUUUCGGGUCGGCGAGGAAACCACGGCGGACGAUGCAGGUAGACGGCUCGGUCUGCAAGCCGACGAUCGGCUCCCGCUCACCCUGGACCUGUCGGACGCCAAUUCUGCGCUGCUCGCGCAAGCCCGCUCCGAGAAGAAUCUAGUGGCACAGAGUAACGCUUUCGGAAAAGACAGAGUCAACUGCAUUACGCUGUGGUUCCCGCCGACACUCGUCGAGCCGUGCGAGGGGGCAUACGACCAGGACGUCGCGGUUUUGGCCCACAACGACAGCUCCGUCAUGGUGGUCAGCCUCCGGGAUCAGGAGGUUCUUGAUAAGAUUACAUACCCGGACUACAUGAACCGUGGAGUCGUAUCUCCCGACGGCCGGCUUCUCAUCGCCAUCAGCGACGAUCCGUACCUGUAUAUCCAUGAAAGAAAACAAAAGCUUCCGGUGACGGGCGCGCCGUCGCGAGUUGCUGAUCGGCCGGUAGGGAGCUUCGCCGCCUGCUUCUCAAGCACAGGACGAUACCUUGCGGUAGGAACCCAGUAUGGAACCAUUUCGAUAUUCGACGCUGCAGCUCUGGGCGUGCCGGGAGUGGACCCGCUGCUCCUGGCGUUCAACACGACGCGCCCAAACGCAGAAUUCGGCGCGGUGAGAGACAUGGCGUUCGCACCUGGCCCCGUUGACCUGCUCGCCUGGACCGAGGACCGUGGUCGGGUGGGCGUCGCUGAUAUACGCACGGGCUUCGACUCGCGACAGAUCUUGUAUCUCGAUCGGGACGAUGAUUUCGAGCACUUGUCGGUUACCGACCGGAGCACCAUCGACCCUCGUCUUCUGGAACAGCGUGGAGAUCGGGGCGAGAGUCUGUUGUCUAGCUUCGCCAACGCGCUCGAUACCUCGUUGGAGAGCCGGCAAAAUCGGCACUCGGACGGGCAGGGACCGUUGGCCCGUUACAAUAUCCCGCUGACCGCCGAGGAGACGGCAGUUUUGGAAGCUAUCCAGGACUACCGCCGACGCCAGGAUCAAUACAACGCAGGCCCCGCCUCGAACCGGACCGAUACGGAGAGCAGCGGCACGAGCAACGGAAAUGGCAACGGCAAUGGUGGAGGCGCUGGUGGGUCGAGUGCUGCCUCAAGAGCUCCUUGGGCCGAGAGGGCGGCUCGGACGGUCGAGAGCAGCCGAACGAGGGAGCGUACGGCAAGCGUGUCCCGGGCGGUGAACGAGAUGCUAGACAACAUCCGUGACCAGCGAGAGCGCAUCCGGGACGCCCAGGAUCGUCUGCGGGCGCGGGAGGACAGCAGUGCCGAGAGACGCCGGUAUGCAGCCAGCCCUUUCUCCGGAAGCACCUCGGCCCUGGGGACUGCGGGAUCCGGCACCAGCGGGCGCGGUUCGCUGAUAUCGCGCCUCUUGUCCAACGCGAAUCCCCCUUCCUCCGGCGGCUGGGAUAACGUCGAGGCUUUAGCGGCUUACAUCAUGCGCGACUGGGAGGAGAACCCGGGCCGGCGCGUCUUUGGGACCUUUGUGACGUCGCACUCCCGGCCCGGGGCUUAUGACACGGCGGGCCUGGCGUGGAGCGAGAACGGUGACACUCUGUUUGUCGGCGCCGAAACCGGUGUCUACGAGUUUCGUGUAAAUCUUUUCGGGCGGAGACUGUCUCCGAGCAUCACUUUGAGUUAA